AUGGAAUCUGGGAGAAGGGGAUGCAAUCAGGGAGAAGGGGAUGGAAUCGGGGAGAAGGGGAUGGAAUCAAAGAGAAGGGGAUGGAAUAUGGGAGAAGGGGAUGGAAUCAGGAGAAGGGGAUGGAAUCUGGGAGAAGGGGAUGGAAUUUGGGAGGAGAUGCAAUCUGGGAGAAGGGAAUGGAAUCUGGGAGAAGGGGAUGGAAUCUGGGAGAAGGGGAUGGAAUCGGGAAGAAGGGGAUGGAAUCAGGGAGAAGGGGAUGGAAUAUGGGAGAAGGGGAUGGAAUCUAGAGAAGGGGAUGGAAUCUGGGAGAAGGGGAUGGAAUUUGGGAGAAGGAGAUGGAAUCUGGGAGAAGGGAAUGGAAUAUGGGAGAAGGGCAUGGAAUCUGGGAGAAGGGGAUGGAAUCUAGGAGAAGGGGAUGGAAUCUGGGAGAAGGGGAUGGAAUCUGGGAGAAGGGGAUGGAAUCUGGGAGAAAGGGAUGGAAUCUGGGAGAAGGGGAUGGAAUCAGGGAGAAGGGGAUGGAAUCUGGGAGAAGGGGAUGGAUUCUGGGAGAACGGAAUCAGGGAGAAGGGGAUGGAAUCUGGGAGAAGGGGAUGGAAUGAGAGAGAAGGAGAUGGAAUCGGGGAGAAGGGGAUGGAAUCUGGGAGAAGGGGAUGGAAUUUAGGAGAAGGGGAUGAAAUCUGGGAGAAGGGGAUGCAAUCAGGGAGAAGGGGAUGGAAUCGGGGAGAAGGGGAUGGAAUCAAGGAGAAGGGGAUGGAAUUUGGGAGAAGGGGAUGGAAUCAGGAGAAGGGGAUGGAAUCUGGGAGAAGGGGAUGGAAUUUGGGAGGAGAUGGAAUCUGGGAGAAGGGAAUGGAAUCUAGGAGAAGGGGAUGGAAUUUGGGAGAAGGGGAUGGAAUCAGGGAGAAGGGGAUGGAAUCAGGGAGAAGGGGAUGGAAUUUGGGAGAAGAUGAUGGAAUCUGGGAGAAGGGGAUGGAAUCUGGGAGAAGGGGAUGGAAUCAGGGAGAAGGGGAUGGAAUCUGGGAGAAGGGGAUGGAAUCUGGGAGAAGGGGAUGGAAUCGGGGAGAAGGGGAUGGAAUCAAGGAGAAGGGGAUGGAAAUUGGGAGAAGGGGAUGGAAUCAGGAGAAGGGGAUGGAAUCUAGGAGAAGGGGAUGGAAUUUAGGAGAAGGAGAUGGAAUCUGGGAGAAGGGAAUGGAAUCUGGGAGAAGGGGAUGGAAUCUGGGAGAAGGGGAUGGAAUCGGGGAGAAGGGGAUGGAAUCAGGGAGAAGGGGAUGGAAUUUGGGAGAAGGGGAUGGAAUCUGGAGAAGAGGAUGGAAUCUGGGAGAAGGGAAUGGAAUUUGGGAGAAGGAGAUGGAAUCUGGGAGAAGGGAAUGGAAUCUGGGAGAAGGGCAUGGAAUGUGGGAGAAGGGGAUUGAAUCAGGGAGAAGGGGAUGGAAUCUGGGAGAAGGGGACGGAAUCUGGGAGAAGGGGAUGGAAUCUGGGAGAAGGGGAUGGAAUCUGGGAGAAGGGGAUGGAAUAUGGGAGAAGGGGAUAGAAUCAGGGAGAAGGGGAUGGAAUCUGGGAGAAGGGGAUGGAAUGAGACAGAAGGGGAUGGAAUCGGGGAGAAGGGGAUGGAAUCUGGGAGAAGGGGAUGGAAUUUAG